ACGCGCUUUCACGAUGGCAGGGAAGAGCGAGUGGUGAAGAGCUGUGCUUGUUGUGAACUACGGAAAGGGAGCGAGAGAACGAAAGAAGCUAUUGCGAGAAGUCCUGCUUGAAUCGACCAGCGUUGUCUUCCACGAUGGCUUUUAACGUGAAGAUGUUCAUCACUCCUCUUCUGGUCUACAUUGUCAACUCAGCCGACAUUGACUGGACGGACGAGACUUACGUCCUGAUCGUGCGGUCUACCUUUGCUGCGGUCAUCGCCGCUGUCGUCUUGUUGAAGCUCUGGUUGUUCUCCCAAGUCAACAAGGCGGCUGACGAGAGGCGCGUCAAGAUCAAACCGACCAAGCUCGAGCCCGAAGGAAGGGACGUCUCUGUCCGCGAGCAUGACAUCGAGAAGCUGUCUCAGGCGCUGAGGACCCUGGUCAUGGGAGUAGGCAUCACCGUGAUCCUGCACAUUCGUAACCAGUGGGUCCUCCCCAUGAUCAUCCAAAUCUUUCAUCAGCCGCUGGCUCUCUAUGACUAUCCGCUCUUCAAGAUCUUCGUCCUUGGUUACAAAGACACUGGGGACAGCAACCCGUUGAAGCGACCCUGGGCAGGUGAAAAUCCAGUGUUUGCAGACAUCUGGAAGCAGGCUCAGAUGAUGAGCGAUCCGAACUAUCAGGCUAAUGAGAGGAAGGCCGAGAAGAAGAAGGCUGGUAAGCUCAACAAGCAACUGCAGCGAUCUAGGCGGUGAGCAAGGGUUGGCGAGAGGAUUCAAUCAUAACACAUUAAUGAAUGUCAAGAUUUGAUC